AUACAAUAUAAAAACAAGCAAACACAAUAUCGACAACUGCAGUUGUAUCUGAGAACUUCUAAGAAGGGUCGAUUGCUGCAGUUGUAAGAUGUGGAUCAAACUAUUACUGGUUGCCCUCGUGGCAACACUUUCAUUAGCGGACAAAGAAAGAUUCGAUGGCUUCAAAGUGUUUAGGGUUGUACCAUCAACGGAUGAGCAUGUCGACAUUUUAAAGCAGCUGACUAUGGAGAACGGAUAUGCUUUCUGGACUUAUCCAACGAAAGUAAAUCAACCUGUUGACGUCAUGGUAUCACAGGAAGUAUUAAAUUCAUUUUAUAAGCUAAUGGAAUCCACUCAUAUGAAAUAUGAGGAGUUUAUUGAGGACGUCCAACGUCUCAUUGAUACUGAAAAUCCUCACGUAACCCGCGAGGAAAUCGGCUAUAGCCACAAGAAGUAUCAUACUCUCGAUGAAUUAUAUCAAUGGUUUGAGCUUUUAACAAAACAAUACCCCGAUGUGGUAUCUAUCAUCGAGGUUGGCAAGACAUAUGAAGGCCGUACUAUCAAGGGUGUAAAAAUUAGCUAUGGAUCGAAAAAUCCAGGUAUUUUCAUUGAAGGUGGUAUACACGCUCGAGAAUGGAUUUCGCCUGCAACAGUCACGUACCUCAUAGAUCAAUUCUUGACCAGUACUGAUUCGAAAAUUCGUAAAUUGGCUGAAUCACAUGACUGGUACAUGGUCCCAUCUGUCAACCCUGAUGGAUAUGUAUAUACGCACGAAAAAAAUCGAUUAUGGCGUAAGACAAGAUCAGGCUCUGGACUAUGCAAAGGAGUUGAUGCUAAUCGUAACUGGGGUUUCAUGUGGAACUCUGGAGGUGCUAGCUUGAUCCCGUGUAUGGAAGAUUAUGCCGGAAAAGGGCCAUUUUCAGAAAUAGAAACAAAAACUUUGUCCCAGUACUUGACAAGUUUGAAGGGAAAACUGUUUGCUUACAUCUCUUUCCACAGCUAUUCUCAACUGUUAAUGUUCCCUUACGGACACACCACGAAACACCUUGACAAUCACGAAGAGGAGAAAGCUAUUGGCAUGAAAGCCAUUGGGGCCCUCGCUGAAAGAUAUGGAACAAAAUACGUAACUGGAAAUAUUGCCGAAACUAUUUAUGUAGCCUCAGGAAACUCUAUGGACUGGGUUAAAGCUACGCUCAAACUGCCUGUUACAUAUACCUACGAGCUUCGUGAUAAAGGUAGAUACGGAUUUUUACUUCCCGCUGAUCAGAUUAUCCCUAAUGGUGAGGAAGUUAUGGAUUCACUCGUAACGAUGUUUGAUGAAGCUAUUAAAUUCGGUUACCCAAAACCAACAGAAGAAUAA